CUGCGCUGAAGGCACAAAGCCACGUGACGUCACUCGUCGCUCACACCUGCUUGGAUGCUCACUGUCCAAGCAGCUGGCAGCAGCCAGUCUCUGGCUCCGUCCCCACUGUGGGAAGAUCUGGGCUCUGGAGCCAGGGAUUAUGAAACUGAACACCAUAAUCUUCCUACAGACACCUUAGAACUAUGUCAUCUCAGUCUUAAAACACCUGCAAGAAAGGGCACAGUACUUUUCCAUUAAUAAAGCAAAUACUUCAUCCUGCUCUGAGAACCAACAAAAUGGCGUUAUUCCCACUAGUGGUGUUUCUGGCUGCUGUGCUGCUUCCAUCUAUACCCACAGAAGGAAAGGAUCCAUCCUUUACUGCUUUGCUAGCCACUCAAACGCAAGUCCAAAAAGAGAUUGUAAAUAAACACAAUGAACUAAGGAAAUCAGUCUCUCCACCUGCCAGCAACAUGCUAAAGAUGGAAUGGAACCGAGAAGCAGCAGCAAAUGCCCAAAAGUGGGCAAACAAGUGCACUUUAGAACACAGCAUGCCAGAGGACCGAAAAACCAGUACAAAAUGUGGUGAGAAUCUCUUUAUGUCAAGCUACCCUGCCCCGUGGUCAGAUGCAAUCCAAAGCUGGUAUGAGGAGCGCCAUAAUUUUGUCUAUGGUGUGGGACCUAAGAGUUCUGAUGCAGUUGUUGGACAUUACACCCAGGUUGUUUGGUACUCUUCUUACCACGUUGGAUGUGGAAUUGCCUAUUGCCCCAAUCAAGAAAGUCUAAAAUACUACUAUGUUUGCCAAUAUUGUCCUGCUGGCAAUAAUGUGAGUAAAAAGAAGACCCCUUACCAACAAGGAACACCUUGUGCUAGUUGCCCUGGUAACUGUGACAAUGGACUAUGCACCAACAGUUGCGAGUUUGAAGAUCUCCUUAGUAAUUGUGAUUCCUUGAAGAAAACAGCUGGCUGUGGACAUGAAUUGCUUAAGGAAAAGUGCAAGGCUACUUGCCUAUGUGAAAACAAAAUUUACUGAGAUGCCCAGUGUGCAUUGCACAGGACUAAGUGAAGAGAGUUGCAUCAUCUUAUUGACACAUACCACAGGGGAAAUUGUAAGCAUGUUAGUUACAAACAUGGUUCCACUCCGUAAUUCAUCUUUUUCUCCUGAUCUAUAGAAAUGUCUUCCAUACAGCAAUUUACACAAGCAACAAAGUCUGAGGACAACUUUGGACUUCGAUAGAAAUUUAGUACUUUAAACUUUACAAAUUGAAUCAAAUUGACAAUUUUGAAAGUUGUAGAACCAUAGACCUUCGGUCCCUAGAACUUCGGAUUAAAAGGGAGAAGUACAUGUUUCCUGAAACAACAUGCCAAAGAAAAAGAGUGAGAGAGAGACACUGUAACAUCACUGUCAUUCCUACUAGAUGAGUUUUUACUUGAAUAAAAAAUAAAUUCAAAGAUUGA